CUCCCCUGUUCCUCCUCUCCAUGGCCGCCGCCGCUUCUGCCGCCGCCGCCGCCGCCGGAGCAUUGCCAUGACUCGCCUCGGCCAGACUCUGGCCCACGUCGAAGCCCGAUGGUUCGGCCUCGUCCGCAGAUUGUUCCACGUCGUAUGGACCCACCUCCUUUCCUGCUCCGGCGGCGACGGCAACGACCGCCGCUACCGGCAACUCAAGCCAGCUGCUCCGACCUCCGCCGCCGCUGCCCCUCCGGAAGAUGAAGGAGCCGCCGCAGUGAACUCCACCGUCGAGGCGGAGGCGGAGGCGGAGGAGGUGCUGUCGCUGAAGAUUAGCCUCCUCGGCGACUGCCAAAUUGGGAAAACUAGCUUCAUGAUCAAGUACGUGGGAGAUUUGGAAGAACAGAAGGGCCUGGAAAUGACAGGUUUGAAUCUGAUGGAUAAAAUCUUUGUGAUCAAGGGAGCCACGAUCGCGUUUAGGAUUUGGGAUGUUGCAGGAGAUGAGCAAUCUCUGGAUCAAGUUCCAAUCGCAUGCAAAGAUGCCGUGGCAAUUCUCAUAAUGUUUGAUCUUACCAGUCGUUGUACACUGAACAAUGUGAUUUGUUGGCAUCAACGAGCAAGAAAAUGGAAUAAGACAGCAAUUCCUAUUCUGAUAGGGACUAAGUUUGACAAUUUUGCUGAACUUCCUCUCGAAAUGCAAUGGAUGAUCGUUAAUCAAGCCAGGGCAUGUGCAAGAGCAAUGAAGGCGACACUGUUUUUUUCGAGCACGACGCACAACAUCAAUGUGAACAAGAUUUUUAAGUUCAUCGCGGCUAAGUUGUUCAAUUUGCCAUGGACGAUUGAGAGAAAUUUAACUAUCGGAGAACCUAUCAUUGAUUUUUAGUCUUUUAUUUUCUUUUUUGAUGGCAUCACUGCCACAAGAGUGUAUAUAUUAAUCUCAUAAGUUCCAAAACUAAUCAUUUUUAUUUUGAGUAAUCAAUCAACGAGAGUUGAGAUUGGUUGA